AUGGAUAAACAGGCAUUGAAAAGAAGAAAUAAAUUGCUCAAAAAAAACAAGGAGCGCAUGGAUAUUUUAAUGGGAAUAUCUAAAGCAAAGGAUACAGAAAAAAAAGAAGAUGAACCAAAAAUAGAAAACAGUGAUAAUGAUAAAAAUCAAGAGGAUGAUAAAUUAAAAAACUCAAACCCUGAUACAAUUAAUGAAAUAAAUACAUCUCCUGCAAAAGUCCCCAAUUCAGACACAACAAAUGAUAUCGGCACAUGUUCAACCCAAACAAAAGACAAUGCUAAUAAAAUUUGCACCGAUAAUGAAGAAAAGGAAAAAACAACCAAAAAAAAUGACGAUAAGGAAAAUGCAAGCCAAAAUCCUGACACUCAGAAAGAUAAAAAAAGUGAUCCUACCAAUAGUGAAAAAGAUAAUGCAAAAAAAGAUGACACUAAUUUAACUCAAGAUAAUGAUAAGAAAGAGAAAUCUAAUCUAAGAGAAAGACAUACAAAAGAAAAAAAACAUAAAGAUAUAGACAAAACAAAUGAUAAUACUAAUAAGUUAAAUAAUAAAGAUAACAAUGAAACAAAAGAAAAUGAAAAUACAAUGCCAAUUAAAAUUGAUGGAAAAAAACAAAUCCAAUUUAUUAUAUUAAUAAUAUGUUCUAUGUUAAUAAGCCUUUUAAAACGAAAAUUUUAUGACACCAAAAAAAUUGUAUAUAUUGAUAAAUCCUUUAUAAAUAAAAAGAUGAUUUUUCGUUUUUUGGAUUCCAAAUUUUUUUUAAUUUUUUUUUCAUUCUUAUAUAAUAUAUUAUUUUCUCUUGUUGAUAUACGUUCAUACCUUAAAAAAGAAAAUAUGGCAAUAUAUCAGCUAAUAGAAAAUAUUAAAAAUAUAAAAAAGAAAUUCAAAAAUGAAUCUGAUGCUUUGUUUUUUCUUUUAAAUAAUGGAUCAACAUUUUCUAUUUUUUUCGUGAGUAUAAUAAAAUCAUAUAUAUUAUUCAUGUUUUUAACUCAUUUGUUUGAUGAUAUACUUCAUAGUUAUUCUGUUUUUACAUAUACACCAAUUUUCCAAGAAGAAAAUAUUGUAUAA